UUGUCACCAUGGAAGGUCACUGUUGACACUGAGACACAGCUGGCAAGGACUACACAUUGACGAUGUACUUCCAGCAGGCCUGGCGAGACAAGCGGCUGUCGUACUCUGAGAUCCCUCUCAACCUCACCUUAGAUAACCGGGUGGCUGACCAGCUCUGGGUCCCUGACACCUACUUCCUCAACGACAAGAAAUCGUUUGUUCAUGGUGUCACAGUGAAAAAUAGAAUGAUUCGGCUGCACCCGGACGGUACCGUACUGUACGGCCUAAGGAUCACCACCACCGCUGCGUGUAUGAUGGACCUGAGAAGGUAUCCACUGGAUGAGCAGAACUGUACGCUCGAGAUAGAGAGUUAUGGUUACACUACAGAUGACAUUGAGUUCUACUGGCGAGGAGGAGACAACGCAGUGACGGGGGUGGACAAGAUCGAGCUGCCGCAGUUCUCCAUCGUGGAUCAUAAGCUCAUCUCCAAGAAUGUCGUCUUCUCCACAGGUGCUUACCCUCGUCUGUCCCUGAGUUUUAAGCUGAAGAGAAACAUUGGGUACUUCAUCCUGCAGACAUACAUGCCUUCUAUACUGAUCACCAUCCUCUCCUGGGUCUCCUUCUGGAUCAACUAUGACGCCUCUGCUGCCAGAGUGGCUCUAGGUAUCACCACGGUGCUCACCAUGACUACCAUUAACACCCACUUGAGAGAAACCCUCCCCAAAAUCCCCUACGUGAAGGCCAUUGACAUGUACCUCAUGGGCUGCUUCGUCUUCGUCUUCAUGGCUCUGCUGGAGUACGCGCUGGUAAACUACAUCUUCUUCGGACGAGGUCCUCAGCGGCAGAAAAGGGCAGCUGAGAAAUCAGCAAUUGCAAACAAUGAAAAGAUGAGGAUGGAUCCCAACAAGUGGCUGGUGGGUAAUGUAGUGGGCAGAGAUGACACACUGUAUGCAAGAAUGAAACAAAGGGAUCUCGACGGCCAUGACUCCAUGUGGGAACCGAUCUUUGUGGACGACGCAGCAAUUGGACUUGGCGAUCAAAAGAAUAAGAUGGACUCACAUGAAAACAUCCUUUUGGGCACCUUGGACAUCAAGAACGACAUGGGCGUUUCAGAACUGGCUCUCGGUCUAAAUGACCCACGAAAUACCAUGCUGACAUACGACAGCUCAACUCUCCAGUACCGUAAAGCCGGACUGGCCAGGCACAACUUUGGUCGGAACACGCUGGAGUGCCACAUGACUCAAAAGAAGAGUCGACUACGUAGGCGCGCUUCACAGCUAAAGAUUAACAUCCCAGACUUGACUGACGUAAACUCUAUUGACAAAUGGUCGAGGAUGAUCUUCCCAACCGUCUUUUCCUUCUUCAACAUCGUUUACUGGCUUUACUACAUCAACUAAAAGGAAAAAGGACUUCAGUGAGGGCAAGAAGAAACAGCAGAAGAUGUUGCUCAUUUCUUGUUUGUAUCUGGUUUGUUUCAUUUUUUAUGUGAUCUUGUAACACUGGACUGAAUAUCUGCAUUCAGGACUCGAUCAUCAUAUCUUGGAAUACCACAUCAGCUGGCUAACACGUGAAAACCUUAUAGACGAGAGAUUACAAACAUAUGAGGUGCCUGUUCCUCUGUAAAUGUUUAACAUUUUACUUUUUUUGUGAAUUGUGUAUCUUGACAUUUUUUUCAAAUGUUUGUUUGCAUUUUUUUCAUGUUAGGCUUACAGCAUCCAUCACUUAUUGCCAAAAAUAUAAUAUAUUAUACAGAAAUUGACAAAAUGGCAUAUUGAAAAUGACAAUUUAUUUUAACUUAGACAACUCAAGAAGUGCUGAAGCAAGUUUGGGUCACCAGGGUUUUGUAUGAAUAAUUUUGUUGAAGAUACAACAUGUAUCAUUGUGUAGAAGUAAUUUCAUACCAAUACCUUAAUUUCAAAUUGUCUUAAUCUGAGUAUUUUCUCAUUUCAGUAGCGAUUCUAAUGAAGUGGCAUUAGAUAAUAUCAACGAAGAUCAUUCCAAACUUCCAGGUUUAACUCUCUGCUUGCACUCAAGAAUCCUGCUGAAGGUCACAAAUUGCAUAAUGUAAAGAAACAUACAGCUAAUGCAGCUCAUCAUUGUGUUCAGUCCACAGAGUCAAAGUGUUCAAAGAGAGUAAAGAACAAAGUUCAGCAGUUCAGUAACUGUAACUGUGUGUAAAUAUGUGUAGCAGUUAUUAUAUGAUCAAUACCACCAACAAAAUCCCCUUUCAGCUCUCUAUUCACACUAUUUGGGAUGCAUAAAAAAAGAUGUUCACAGAUGCUGAAAGGGCAGUUUAUUAUUAUUAUUAUUGUUAUUAUUAUUAUCAUUAUUAUUAUUAUAUAAUAUUAUUUAUUAGCUCUAAUAAUCAUUUCAUGGUUCAAGAGGAACACAUAUUACAAAGCUCAAAUGAUUCCAUUGGUCCAUGAAAAGGCCAGAAAAGCACAAAAAUCAUCAAAUAUCAGCAUUUGAAACCAUUAUUUAAAUAUAUUUUGUUAUAAAGAUUAUUUUUGUUUUUUGUCACCAGUGGUUUUUGUAUAGUGUGUGCCUCCCCAGCCAGGUUAGUUUAGGUUCAAACCUCUUUGUUAAGCAUUGUUUCCAGAUUGAAAAGGACACAGCCGUAAACCCAAAAUGAACUUAUAACAGAUAAUUGUUUAAUAUCACUAAUGAUGCUGUGCUUUUGACUGUGUGUUCACAAGGUAGAUUUUAUAAAAGACUUUGCACACAAGUUCUUAAAAAGCCAUAGAGGCUGUACCGUAGUUCUUCUAAAACCUGGUGCUCAUGGACGCUGUCUGAGGAAGAACUUCAUAAAUACGACUAAAAUCACACCAUGUUUCAGUUUCAGUCACAGUUCAAAUGUAGAAACACAACUAGGGCUGUAAUUCACAAGAGUGUUAUAUCCUGCUGACUUCACCACACUGUCCGUAUGAAUGAACUCUAGUGUUAUGGCCUCUGUUUCUCUGCGCGCACACGCACACACACACACACACACACACACACACACACACACACACACAUUACCAAAUCAUUCAUCAAAAAGUGAGAUGAAUUCAAGCUGUGGAAGCCAACAAUGAAGCUGACGCAGAGCGGGAGUGAAGGUACCUCCAGAUAUCUUUCAGGAGACGAGUGACUGAAGCUUCGCUCCUUUGUCUCACCUGCUUCUUUUGAGUUCACCUGAGGACCAUUUCUCCUGCUACACUGCUCAUUUUAAUAGCAGAGAUGUGAGUGAACCCUUGAACAACCAUGUUGAACUGUUCACUUCCAAUAUGGCCACAUCCAGUCGCUCCUCACUGCAUGCUGUGUACAGUAGUUUCUCCUUGAUAUUCAGUUUGUUAUCGUUUCGUUUCUGCUUCUUGUGUCUGUCACUCACCUUACAAACGAGCAUAGAAACCAUACUUCUGUGAUGAGUUUAUAACAAGUGUGUCUGAUUAUUACAAGUAUUGAUGAUGAUAUUGAUGAUAUUUACAUUUUUCUGUAAAGCAUUUAAGAAACAGUUACGGCUGUUGAAGAAUGACACGAUGCUGCAUUCUCACAAACAAACACUGCCCGACAGCUGAAGUGUCGACUUCAGCUCAACAUCGUGUGAGACUUACAAUAAAGUCCAGUUCAGCGGGAGCCGGCCCGUCAGCUCACCGGUGUUUACAUGUUCUCAUGGAAAUGAAUCAUUUCCACAUUGUGUUGAUCUGUGUAUUGAAAACAUAGUGAGCAAAUUAUUAGGAUUUGUUUGGGCUCUUUUUGAUAGUCCUGGUGAUGACACCAACAUAUUUCUCUCCUUCAUUGUGUUUAAUAUAUCUGUGGAAGAAGUCCAAAUUCUAAGAAAGAAGUCAGGAUUGUAAAGAAAUACAUCACAUCCUCAUUUCUUUUUUUUUACUCCGGCCCUGAUCUUCUUCCGUGUUCACCUGUAUCUCUGACACGUUUAUUUUAUAAGUGUAAAAAAAGAAAAAAGUCAGCUCAUUAUUGGCGUUGUACAUUCUUCUGUGGAUGAUCAUGAGCUGAACUCAAAUUUGGGACCAUUUUCCCUGAAACAUAUCUAAGUAUGUAUAUAUGAGAUAUCAGUAAAUUAUUAAUCAGAAAUUGGAACAUAUUAUUCCUGUAAAUAAACAGCCAGGAGCUUUUAACAGCCAAGACACAAAGACAUCAUUUAUACUGUAAUGUUAGGAGAAUGCUACGGCUGAUGUGAAUCCAUGUAAAUAGUUUCAUUUACAGUCACUCGAUUGCUUUUUGUUUCUGUUAGCACAUUUCUUUGGUUUUGCCAAAAUGUAACAUGUAUACAUGAAUGUAGUUGAUAUUCUUUUGCAGCAUGUAUUUGCUGUGAUGUGUCAGCAAAAUUGUAACAAUUUCUUGUACCAAUGAUCAGCUAGAUAUAAUGUACACCACUCUCUCAAACACACACACACACACACACACACACACACACACUAAGGGUCAAAUGAUAGCGAGGCUAGUGGCCUUUGUAUCAGCCCGUGAGUCAACCAUCUCAGGUCAGCACAACUCACACUGCUAACAACACAACAAACUACAAGCUCAAACCCAACAGUUGUACCUUACUGAGCUCGUGGAAGGUUUGUUUUCUCUGUUAUCUGCUUUUCUCUGGUUAAAACAAUUAAUAGAACAGUUUUACAUUUUUCACCCUUUUUACAGCAUGGGCAGAAUCUAAACACAUCUAAACAAAUCUAAAAAUGUUAAGUCAUUAAGGUACUAAAUCCACCUCAGUCACAGACGUUGUUCUGCCCACAGUGAUGCUGUCUGUAGGAUGCUGUGGUGUAUGUGAGUGUGUCAGCCAGACAGCUGGCAGGAAAGGUCUGCUUCAUAAGUUCUACACUUUGAAUAUGUGUUUGUACUUCACAGCGCUUCUUUCUUUCAUAUAUUUUUAUACUUCUAUACUCCUGUGUAAAAAAAAAAAAAAA